AUGUGCCGGCGGGCGGGCGGCAGCGUUGUUGUUGUUGCUUUUGGAUUGCGUCGGUCGCUGACGGGCAGUCUAUCUUGUGGGUUGCAGGAGGGGAGGAGGGGGACGAGGACGGUGCAUGUGCGGAACAUCUCAGAUCUGGCCGGGGAGCGGGAGGUGCGGGAGUUCUUGUCCUUCUCCGGUGAAAUCGAGCACGUCGACAUCAGCCCAUGA